GAUGCGUGCGCGCCUAUACAGAAUCGGUAACAAAAAACUACAGAUUUCAAAUUAGGUUGGACACCAUACGACCGUAGCCAUCCGUAUCACAUCUUCACGGAACUGAACAACUAUGGAUGAAUUACUUAUUUUAAUUGUUUCCAAAGGAACUCUCUGACGAGAAGAAAUGUCUGGGUAAAGUUCAGAUACACUCGGUUAUAUAUAUGCUUGUCUUUGCCUGCGCAAUAAUUACACUUUGAGAAGAGACUGAAACAAUCAUUCACCUGGACAAACCUGAGAGUUCAAUUCAAGCUUAUUUUACACCUCUGACCUGAUACUGGUCCGAUUUUGGAUGAGGAGAGUAUAUGCCAAAUUGAUAUAAAUUGAAAAAUUCGUAUGGUUGAAUUAAAAUCAAACGAAUGAUGACAAUUAAAACACUAUUGAAACUGUAGGUAAUUCAACCGUGGAACUGUUUCAAACCGAAUUCAUCAUGCGAAUAUUUUAAAGACAAGGUAGGAGUUAAGGAAUACUGUGUCGGCUACUAGGUUUAUAAUAAAGGUUUUUUGUCGGGAUGAUGCGACUGCUAAACUACCUCUUGCUUGGCUACCUGACCUGGAAUCUACGGAUAUCAGACGCACAAGGGGAGUACUGCCAUGGGUGGCUGGACAGUAAUGGAAAUUACCACGAAGGCUUUCAGUGUCCGGAGGACUUUGACACCAUGGAUGCGACCGUGUGCUGCGGGUCUUGCUCCCUGCGGUACUGUUGCGCGGCUGUGGACGCACGGCUGGACCAGGGAAGCUGUACCAACGACCGAGAACUGAAUAACACGGAGUUUGCUGCGCAGCCGAUCUACGUGCCCUUCCUGAUGGUGGGCUCCAUCUUUGUGGCCUUUGUGGUGGUGGGCUCCCUGGUUGCCGUCUACUGUUGCACCUGCCUGCGGCCUAAACAGCCUACCCAGCAGGCUCUCCGCUUCUCACUGCGCAACUGCCAGGGCGAGACCAUCCCCAUGAUCCUGACCACUGCGCCAGCCAGCCUGCGCACCCCCUCGCGCCAGUCCAGCACGGCCACCAGUUCCAGCUCAGCUGGCGGGAGCAGCUCGGUGCGCCGCUUCUCCCUUGGAGGUCAGGGGCAGCAGCACGGGUGCUUGGUGUCAGCGUCUGCACCAAGCACCCGUGUCUUCACCUCUCCCUCCACACCCCAGCCACUACUCCCACCACCCCCUCCACCCCCCUACACCUCCCCUGCAGCCUGCAUGCCAGGCGGGCGCCAGCACCCUCACUCCCAUGCCCAGCUGCAGCUGCACCAGCCCAUGCACCCACACCAACAGCCUCACCUGGCCCAGGGCACGGGCUUCCUGCUGCCCCAGCAGUACUUCUUCCCCCUACAGCCGGAGCCAUUCUCCGGGGCUAAGGGCUUUGCAGACUUUGGACAGAGCUGACGGGGCUUCCUUGGCAAUGAGGAGGUGGAUUACAGGAGCACACUGUGGGACGUGAGUAGGGUCAUGUUCAUUAAGCACUAAACAGAAGAAAACAGACUGAAACAACAGGAAGGGACUACCUGAACCUGCCCAGUAUGAGUUUGUUUUAAAUCAGUGAACUGUACUGAACAUGACCCUGGUGUGUUUUGUGGACAGACACACAGUCAUCGGCUACCGGGAGGACUGCCCUGACAUGCACUGCAGUAGGCCUGUUGAAUGGGGACUGGGAGACAGGAGGCUGUGUUCAAGAUAAACCACAAGAAAGCUUCCUAGUCGAGCAGAGUACAUGAGAGUAUUGUCUCUCUAAAUUACAGGAAUGGACUUCUGCUUAGAACAGACAGGACUGUUUAUUGGUCAAUAUUGUUUUCAAUGUUAUGCACUUUUUUAUAUAUACAUUUCUAUUGUAAACAAUAUUCUGUCUUCCCUUUCUCUUUUAUACACAAUUUGGUUAAAUAGUGAUGUUAAAUUGUCACAACUUUUGUGGCAGCAACAUUAUUAAGAAGUGUUCUAGACAUUUUGUUGCGAGCUGCAGGACAUUUAAUCAAAUUAUCAUUUUGACAAUUGCAAAUCCCUAAAAGAGGGGAAGGACUGACACCAAGUUGUGCAGUAGGGUGAACAAAGCCAAAUGAUGUACUGUGUGUACUGUGCUCACUGGCUGGUUUGUUUUUAUUUAAUGAUAUUAGUAAACACCAGUAUCUAAUUAGUAUUCUAAUGACUAAUUCUAUGAUUGUGAGUACUCGUCAUGCAACGCUACAACUAGAAGUACAUUUAAAAAAUAUAAAACACUCAAUAGUUGGUCAGUAUUUUCGAAAAUUAAACCUACUCUUUAAUAAUC